UGAAUCCUGUCAGAUGUGCAGCGCUGACCGUCCUGACUCACACCUCCGACUGUCUGUGGAUCCGAGGGGAACACCUUUACGCGCUCUGUCCCGAUCCGGUGUUUGUUUUUUUCCCCCUCCCUCUUAAAACAGAAACUUUACCGAAAGUCUCGAGCGGUUUUUUUAGGAGGAAAACUUAACAGUGACGUGAAGUGGAGCUGCUGGACCUCAUCACAGUUAGGCUACUUGUUCUGCUUGUUCGCGUGGAUGUGACUGAGGCUCUGUUCCACGCGACACCAUGCUCGGCUGAUUCACACACCUCACCGGACAAACAGAAUAUUUGCCAUGCUACAUGGGAAGACUCUGAAAUCCACCCUGCUCUUACUCCUCAUCCACAUCGUCUAUGUCACAGCCCAUGGUCGCUCCUAUCCUCGCUUCACCCGUAAUGACACUGAAUUCCAGCACCUGGUGCUCCACCCGGACCCCUCUUUGGGGACAGUGUAUUUGGGCGCCAGGGACCACCUCUUCCAGCUGGACGGAUCAGAUGGACUCCGCCUGGUGCAGGAGCAACCGACCGGUCCUGUGAGUGACAGCAAAGAGUGCCUCCCACCAGUCACGGAGUUUAACUGUCCCCAGGCCAGGAGAACCAGUAACCACAACAAGUUACUGCUGGUGGAUCCAAAGGCGCUGGAGCUGAUCACCUGUGGAAGCAUCCACCAGGGCACCUGUCAGAAACGCAGCCUGGCAUCGAUCAAGAAGGUCCUCUUCUCUACCGAAAGGCCCGUAGACACGCAGUAUGUCGCUGCCAACGAUCCUACUGUGUCAACUGUGGGGUUGGUGGUGGGACUGCGUGGAGGGGAGAAGACGGUGAUGUACGUUGGGAGGGGCUAUACCGCCAGCCAUCCGCCCAUCUCCACCCGCCAUCUUUCAUCAGAACCCGUCUUUUCCUAUGAGGAGACAGCCAAGCUCGCCGUGGCCGGGCGUUUGUCGGAAUACGACCACCACUUUGUGAAAGCUUUCACUCGACGCUCAUAUGUGUACUUCCUGUUUUACCGACGUGACAUCAAGUCAGUAUCCAGGGAGUACCGGACCUACGCUGCCAGAGUGUGCCUGGAUGACACAUCGUACUAUUCCUAUGUGGAAGUUCCUCUCGUCUGCAGAUCCGCUUCCUCUCCCUCCAGGACUUACAAUCUGCUGCAGGCUGCCCAGGUGGGCCAAGGUGUGGGCCAAGAAGGCGAGGACCUCCUGGGAGUCUUCUCCACCCGCGUGGGCUCGGCAAACAACAACCUCCCGGACGCCUCCGCUCUGUGCGUCUACCCGCUGGACGAGCUCGACAGACACAUCGACUCCACCCGCGACCUCUGCUACACCCAGGAUGGCCGGGUGGAGGGAAGAGGGGAGGUUGCCUACAUAGAAUACGAGGUCAAAUCCAGCUGUGCCAACCUGCCCAUGAAUACCCUUAAGGCAUAUCCCUGUGGCUCCGACCACACUCCCAGUCCAAUGGCAAGCCGAGCGCCGCUGGAAGCUAAAGCGGUGUGGCAAACCUCAGCUGCCCGUCUCACUGCUGUGGCUGUCAGUGUCGGAGAUGGACACAGCAUAGCCUUCCUGGGAGACUCCAAAGGGACUCUGCAUAAGGUCUACUUGGGCCAGCAGGACGGCCGUGUGGAGGUCUACGCAAACAUGACAAUUCAGCCAAACUCACCCAUCAACAGCGACCUUUUACUGGACAAGAACGGAGCAAACAUCUACAUCAUGACCAAGACCACUGUGGAGAAGCGUCCCGUGGCAGAAUGUGGAGACCACCUGGACUGUCAGUCCUGUCUGUCUGCCAGAGACCCCUACUGUGGCUGGUGUGUGCUGGAGGGACGGUGUGGUCAACGCUGGGAGUGCCAGCGAGGAUCUGAGCAGGGUCAGUGGCUGUGGAGCUUCAACCAGACGCAGCAGUGCCUCGGCAUCCAGCACCUCAGCCUCUACAACAUCAGCCGCGGGGAGGAAACUGAUAUCACAGUGUCUGUCGAAGGCCUCCCCAGUCUGGGUAAAGGAGAGGCCUACUCGUGCGUUUUCCACAACACAGAAACGCCCGCCUCGCUCACAAACACAGGCGUGAUUUGCCCCACCCCCGAUGCCGGCAGUCUGCCCCGGAUUGGUCAAGGAGAUGAGUUUGUGAUGGUGACCCUGUCGCUGCGGUUUACAAACGUGACUGUGGCAGAAACAGAGUUCACCUUCUACAACUGCAGCCUGGUCCAGCAGCUGUCAGGACGCAGGCCAUGCCAAGGGUGUGUGAGCAGUCGCUGGGGGUGUAACUGGUGCAUCCAUCAGCACGUCUGCACACACAAACAAACCUGCAGCCAAGGAGUCACAAUCUACAACCAAAAUUUCAAACCGCCAACACCCACCAUCCCUCCACCCACCAGAAAACCGACCCCCUUACCUCCCACUGUCCAAGCUGCUACAGCAACAUCAACAACAUCAACAUCAACAGCAGCAGCAGCAGCAGCAGCAGCAGCAGCAGCAACAACAACAACAACAACAACAACAACAACAACAACACAGCCCCCUCCCACAGAGAGGGGGCUCCCCACCACAACAGCUGUCCCUCCAACAACCACCAUCACCACAGCGACUACACCCACCUCCCCUAAUGCUGAACCCACCUCACUCCUUACGCUCGCCACCACCUCCCCCCUUGUCCAGCUCCUCGGCCAGUCCACCACCAUCCACCCUGACGUCACCACCAAUGGCGGAUCCCCCUUCUAUGUGGAGGAGACGACAGAGGGAAACAAUGGCACUACGAGGGGUCUUUUGAAGGAGAACUUGACUGAGACCUGGGAUAUCUCUGACAAAGUUCCCCACACUACAUUACCCAGCAGCACUAGAGGCCAGGUAGACCCUGAGCUGAGAUUCAUAGAGCCCUCCGGAGAAGCAGCGGGCUCCUCCUCUGAUGUCAGCUCCACCACCUCCAGCAGAGUCUCCCUCCUGAUGGACCUGUCCGUCAGCGAUGGGGAGGAGGGGGACCAAGCUGAAGAGAAGGACUCGCCUCUGUGGCUGAAUGAGGGCGACAACCCGGAGGAGGAGACACGUGUGGACUCUGCUACAGGUUCAGCUAGUGUCAGUGAAAAGUCAAUCACCUACACACCAUCCCCUGAAACAGUUAUCGAGCCCAUCUCUGAAUCCGCAGCAGACUACCAAUCAGAUCCUUCGACUGACUCGUAUGUCCGGGAAUGUCCGUGUGUGGAGAACAUCCAGGAUUCUUCUCUGCUCCCUGUGAAUGUGGAGAGAAAGAUCACUCUGGUGGGACAACACCUGCACCUGUUUCAGGAUGAGAGUUUGGACUAUGAGUGUGUGUUGGACGUGGAGAACGAGUCGGUGGUGGUGGACGCCUCCGUGGAGCUGGAUGCUACACAACCAUCAGUCUACUUGAUCACCUGCCAGCCGCACCAGUACGCUUAUUCUGUUUUCAUGGAGGAAUAUCCAGCCAAGAUCAACGUGAGGAGGAAGAACUUCUUCCUCAUCGACAGCCCCGAGGAUCUCUAUGUGACUCUGUUUAACUGCUCAGUGGGUCGCUCAGACUGCAGCCGGUGUCGCACUGCCGACCCGAAGUACGGCUGUGUUUGGUGCGGGGGUUCUGCCAGCUCCCACUGUGUGUACCAGGACUCCUGCAGCGAUAAGAUCCAGCACACCUGCCCUGCACCUGUCAUCCACUUUUUGGACCCUGUUUCAGGUCCUGUGGAGGGCGGGACAGUGGUGACCAUUUCCGGCUCUAACCUGGGUCAGAGAGCUGAAGACAUCCAGAACUCGGUGACAGUGGCGGGAGUCCCCUGCAGCGUCAUCCACAGCAGAUAUGAAGUCUCCUCAAGGAUCGUUUGUGAGACUACGAGCAGUGGCGGCGAGAAGAACGGUCAGGCCUCGGUCAAAGUGAGGGGAGGAGGGCUCGGACUGUCAGCUCAGGUCUUCAGCUUCCAGGAUCCUGUACUGAGCAGCAUCUUCCCCCAGAGAGGGCCCAAGGCGGGGGGCUCGGCCCUCACCAUCAGAGGCCGCAGGCUGAGGACGGGGCACCCGAGUGAGGUCAGCGUCCUCAUCGGGGGAGUGCUCUGUAUGGUGCUGAACAUCCAGGAGGAUCAGAUCCGCUGUCUGACCAGAGGCAGCAACAGGACGGGAGAGCACGGCAUCACUGUGCGGUUUGGAGGGGCAGAGCGCCAUCUACAUGGUUUGGUGUAUCAUUACACCCCAAACCCCAACAUCACAAUGGCUGCUCCCUCCAAAAGCUUUCUCAGUGGGGGCCGGAUCAUCAGAGUCUCUGGUAAGAACCUGGAUGUGGUCCAAGAGCCCAAAAUGAGAGUGACCCUCAGUCCCCCUGAUACCCUCCCUCCAAGGAGGAGGAGGAGCAUCUUAAGGAGGAGAGAGGGGAGCCUGAACAGAGGACAGAGUCUUCUGGGUUCAGUGAAGAGGUGGAGGAGGAUCGUACCCGAGGCGGACUGCCCCGAGGGAACCCUCUGUCAUGUCAAACAGUACGAGUCUCUCUGCACGGUGAACAGCUCCUCCCUCAUCUCAUGUCCGACCCCGGCUGUGGGCCAAGAGGCCAGGAGGGCCAGGGUCAAAGUCCACUUCCUGUUGGACAGCCUCCAUUUUGACUUCGGCAGCGUGGGGAACGAGGCCUUCAGCUACGAGCCCAACCCUGAGCUUUACUCGCUGAACCGGAACGACCCCAACACGGCGUACCACCACAAACCUGGAAGCAUCAUCUCUGUGGAGGGCGAGAACCUGGAUCUAGCCAUCUACAAACAUGAGGUGGAGGCUCGGAUAGGGGAGGGGGUGUGUUCGGUGAAGACCCUGACCCACAACCACUUGUACUGUGAACCUCCGGCUCAGCAGCCAUCGGUGACCGGCAAGAAGCAGGACGGCAUGGACAGUCUGCCUGAGUUCACGGUGAAAAUGGGGAAUCUGAACUUCUCCCUGGGCAGAGUCCAGUACGACACUCAGGCUCAGUCCACGUUCCCGCUGGAGGCUCAGGUCGGAGUCGGCGUGGGAGCCUCCAUAGUGGCUCUGAUCGUGCUCAUCAUAGUGCUCAUAUACAGGAGGAAGAGCAAACAGGCCAUGAGGGACUAUAAGAAGGUUCAGAUCCAGCUGGAGAAUCUGGAGACCAGUGUGAGGGAUCGCUGUAAGAAGGAGUUCACAGAUCUGAUGACCGAGAUGAUGGACAUGUCCAGUGAUCUGGUGGGUUCAGGGAUUCCCUUCCUGGAUUACCGGGCCUACGCCGAGCGCAUUUUCUUCCCGGGCCACCAGGAGUCGCCACUGAGACGAGAUCUGGAUGUCCCAGAGAGCAGAAGGCAGACUGUGGAGCAAGGCCUGGUUCAGCUGUCCAACCUGCUCAACAGCAAACUCUUUCUCACAAAGUUUAUUCACACUCUGGAGGUGCAGCGGACGUUCUCGCCCCGGGACCGGGCCUACGUGGCGUCCCUGCUGACUGUGGCGCUGCACGGCAAACUGGAGUACUUCACAGACAUCCUGAAGACUCUGCUCAACGAUCUGGUGGAGCAGUACGUGGCCAAGAACCCCAAACUGAUGCUCAGGAGAACGGAGUCGGUGGUCGAGAAGCUCCUGACCAACUGGAUGUCCAUCUGUCUCUUUACCUUCCUGAGGGAAUCAGCGGGGGAGUCGUUCUACAUGCUGUUCAGAGCCAUUAAGCACCAGGUGGAUAAAGGACCCGUGGACGCUGUGACCGGGAAAGCAAAGUACACGCUGAACGACAACCGGCUGCUGCGCGAGGACGUGGAGUACCGCACGCUGACCCUGAAUGUCGUGAUGCCAGCUGCAGCCGCCACUGGAGGCGCUAUAAACCAGACCGUACCCGCCAAAGUCCUGGACUGUGACACCAUCACCCAGGUGAAGGAGAAACUUCUGGAACAAGCGUGGAAGGGAACCUCCUUUUCCCAGAGGCCGCACAUCGACUCCUUGCACCUCGAGUGGCGUGCAGGUGUAGCCGGUCACCUGAUCCUAUCAGACGAGGACCUGACGUCGGUGGUACAAGGCUCAUGGAAGCGCCUGAAUACACUGCAACACUACAAGGUCCCCGACGGAGCGACGGUCGCCCUCGUCCCCAGGAACACCAAACAUCUCCUCCAUGACAGCCACGACUACAUGCCGGGAGAGAAGACCCCCAUGCUGGACGACGGGGAGGAUGGGGGAGUGAGACUUUGGCACCUCGUCAAAGCCAACGAGGAGUCGGAGUUGCCCAAGCACAGGAGGGGCAGCGUGAGGGAGAGGGGGGGCGAGAGGGCCAAGGCCAUCCCCGAGAUCUACCUCACUCGCCUGCUCUCCAUGAAGGGAACGCUGCAGAAGUUUGUGGACGAUUUAUUCACCGCCAUCCUCAGCACCAGUCGUCCCGUUCCUCUGGCCGUCAAAUACUUCUUUGACUUGUUGGACGAGCAGGCUCUGCAGCACGGCAUCGCAGACCCUGAGACCAUCCACAUCUGGAAAACCAACAGUCUGCCUCUGCGAUUCUGGAUCAACAUCCUGAAGAACCCUCAGUUCAUCUUCGAUGUGCAGACCUCAGACCACGUGGACGCCGUGCUGUCCGUCAUCGCUCAGACCUUCAUGGAUUCCUGCACCAUCGCUGACCACAAACUGGGACGGGACUCUCCCAUCAACAAGUUGCUGUAUGCCAGAGACAUCCCGCGCUACAAACAGAUGGUGGAGAGGUACUACGCAGACAUCCGUCAGACCAUCUCAGCCAGUGACCAGGAGAUGAACUCGGCUCUUGCAGAACUCUCUCGCAAUUAUACCGCCGAGGUCAACUGCCUUGUGGCUUUACACGAGCUGUACAAGUACAUCAACAAAUACUACGAUCAAAUCAUCACCGCGCUGGAAGAGGACCCCACAGCGCAGAAGAUGCAGCUCGGUUAUCGGCUCCAACAGAUCGCUGCUGCCGUAGAAAACAAAGUCACAGACCUAUGACCCGGACGGGGUCAGGAUAGAUUCUUUCCUUAAACCCUUGGAGCAGAGGACAAAGACAGGAGGAGCUCCUGUCUCCAGGAGAAAAAAAGACAACUCUUCUUUUUAAGACAGGCCGAGGACGAAGGGACUUCUCGGUACACACUGUGCUUGUGCUGUAAUUUUUGGCAGACGGAUUUUAAGUGAAGCGAGAAUAACCCCGAGAGGUUCACUGGCCGUGUUUCCUGUCCUGAAGUCUCCCUUGAAGUUUCCUCAGCUCCUAAAACUGGAAGUAAAAGGAGCUCUGAGGGCGACAAAGAGAGAGAAAAUGUGAAGUGAAGCACAUCAAACUAAAGACCUGACAUCUCUCUUCAGGGUUUCCCAGGUUUGAUUCAAACUAAAGGGAGACGUCAAAUGAAAAGACACUUUGUUGUUUCCUCUUGUCUCUAUAUGCUCGAUUUCCAAACUGCACCGAUCAUUCCUGCAAGUUUCCGCUUCCGCUUACCGCAGGCUGUACGUCUUCUUCAAAAGGGAAGGAUGCUGUGGGGGAAAUAAGGAGGCAAAGGGAAAGAGAUCGGACCGCUUUGGACUUUUUCCACCGGGUGUGUCAAAGUCUUACAUGAGGAGGAAUAAAAAAAGAAACUGUGGAGGGAGGCUCUUUCAUUCUGCUUUUAGCUUCCUCAAACUAUUCUCCCAAGUCUUACUUUAUGAUCUUUCCUCAGCCGGUGUUGGACAUUUUCUUGCUCAUUGUAAACAUGAUUUAUUUUUUAUUUUUUUAAAGCUUCAAAUUAUCGCUGAUUUUCUGCGGUUUAUAGAUGCUGUCUUGUGUAGAUUGAGCAGUGUUCUGUAAAGGUGUUGUUGUGUUGAACAUGCAGCACACAGAAGCCCCGUUUCCACCAAGCGGUCCGGUUUGGUUUAGUACAGUUUGGUACGGUAAACCCUUGAGUUUCCACAGGCCACAGCGGCAGGCCAAAAGUGCAGACAGCCAAUAAAUCCAACAAAGAAGAAGAAGGUGAUGCAAUAAUCAAAGAUCAAUGAUUCCUAGGAAGGUCUUUGCAAAAGAAGCAAAAACAGCCUUUAAUUUACUCUCUCCAAAUCCACAAGAUAUUUACACAUGGUGUGUUUUCUCCUUUAUUACGGCUGUCUCACAAAAAGUGAUGAUUCUUUCGACCAAUCAAAGGACUGCAGUGUGUCUAGCUCCAACCUUUAGGGUCAGAUCGGUACGCUUGGUACCCCAACAGAAGGGUACCAAAAAAAUAGGAGGGUGCGGAUCAGAUAUUUUGGUAUCCUUCCCUCAGUACUGUACUGAACAGAACUGAACCGGACCACGUGGUGGAGGCGGGGCUUAAUACUCUCAGCUUGCUCUCUUCACACUUUCACUUUCUGCUGCCGUGAAUGUUCCUCUUUUUUUUUUUUUAUGCAACGUUUUGCAAAUAUAAUUUUUUUUCUAAGAUACGCCCCGGACACUGAGAUAAAAGGUUCUCUAAGCUCACUCCUGAACUGAUCCGUCCUUAACAAAAGCAUCAAAGUUAAACUUUCUGCACAACUUAAACUACAUUGUUUAUCGGACAUUUUAGUUCCCCCUGUAGGAGCGUUUUCUACCGUUGGCCAUGUUUUAUUCCACAGGAUGUUUUUUAUAUCUAUGAUUGCAGCAUUUUUCUUCUUCUGUAGAAACAACCCCCACAUCUCAAUCCUCAGGAUUCCGUAAAUUAAAUAAAUUAAAUUGUAUUUUUCACGUUUCAUUCGGACGGUUCUGCGUGUUGAAAAUAGUCAUUGCAUCAGCUGAUCAUAGUUUGAGUUUUCCGUCUAGACUCUGACCUCGUCACUCCUCGUAGAUUUAUUUACCAUGCAGAAAUUGAGGAGUGAUGACAUCAAAUCUUAAACCCCCUCUGCUCUGAGCCUGCAGGAGGGUGCUGGGGUGGAGGUGGGGCCUUAAGUGCAGCACCUGGGGACUCCACAUACGGAGUCCUCCAAGCAGGAUGCCCGGGUUCAAAUCCGACCUGUGGCUCCUUUCCUGCACGUCUGUCCCCUCUCUCUCUCUCUCUCUCUCUCUCUCUCUCUCUCUCUCUCCCCCCCCCCCAAUUUACAACUCUAUCCAUUGUCCUGUCUCUAAAGGCAUAAAUAGACCGCUCAGUCAGGAGGAUGUGUGUGAUUGGAGGUUGUGAGAAUGGCGCCUGUGCAGCCUCAGUUGUCUGCCUGAACGAGCUCAUCACAUGGACAGGUUUCAUUUGCCUUCAGGUUUAUCAUCAAUCCUUUUUAACAUUUUUCAUCUUCUACAUUUGUAAGAUGUUUUGGUAGCAGUCAUUAUUACCUUCUCUCUUUCUUCCCCUCCUCCUGUAAAUGUUUCUGAAAGGAGUUUUUCCUUUAGAUGGUCGUUACAGCUGAUUUGAUGUGACUUAAAAAAAGUGACCAGAGAGCUGCUGGGAAAGUCUUUAUCUAGUUUUAUCCAAUUUAAUUUAUUUUUUUAUUUAUUUUAUUGCAUAUUUGUUUCAUGUUAUUUUUCAAACAUGUAAAAACUAAUUGUUGCUGAACUCGUUUUCCUGUCAGAUCUCCAUCACCUGGUGACGUCAGGAAAAAGGCUUGAAGCCGUGCCACAUUUCCCCUCUCUUCUUUUUACACGUUUCUUCUACUUUCAGAAGCCGUUGAGAACCAUGAUUUUGACUGAGGUUUUAUUCUGUACAUGAACAAGUUGUUUUUCAUCAGUUUGUUUUAUCCACGCUCGUGUUUUGCCUGUGGAUUUCUUUGGGAAUACAAAAAUCCCUCUCUGAUGUUCGGCCCUGAUUCUGUAGAUAAUUACUGUUCUGAAGUAACUCUGACUUUAGUGUUCUCCAACUAAUCAAUAGGACAAACCUAACAGCAGCUUAAUGUGAUGCAAUAAAGUGGUCCCAGUGUUCAACAA